AUUACCACACCCUGCAUGGACUGGAUCCCCGAGUUUCCGCGAAUCUCCGGGCGAGAGAUCGUUACAUUUAGUGACGGCCUCUGGGGACCGCAGGAGUACACACGCUGGCCUCAGUUGUACAACGAACGAUGCAUUCACCACGCCUGUAUCCCCCUUCGAGGGUCCGAGUAUGCGCCGGGGUCGCAGGUGUACGAAGGACUGGGUUACGAUCCGUGGGAGGAGUCGAGGACAUGCGGUGUUCUCGGGUUUGGGUAUCUGAAGGGGGAGAUCCUCACUGAAAUGUGCACAAUCGCAAUCGCGGUCAUUUCACGUUACGAGGGGGCUGAAACCGCCGCGCGGCUUGAUCGACGGCUAGGCGCGAUGUUAUGCCUCCUCCUGAGGAAUGCUGUGGACCGUCUCAGAGCACUCCCCAGCACCGACCUGCACGCUCUAGUCACCGCCAGAAUGGCUCACCGUCUGAUGCUCGAGCUGUCCGGUCUGACGGUUUAUUAUACCUUCAUUGUCACUCGGAUCGCCAACACACACACCCAUGCCACCUCUGUGUUGAAGGUCCUUGGCGCGUUCGUCCGAAACGAUACUGCUGCCCAACUCUUUCAUCGUAUCGGCCUUCCAUUUUGGUACAUACGGCCAUGGACCGCUGGGCUCUGUAUCCGCCGGGUGGUC